AGACUUCGUUGGUUAAUACUUGUUUUUCUCUGUCCCGUCUACAUAUUGCACCAACGCUCAUUGUUUUCAUACUGCGGGGUUUUGUGUUGUUGUUUUUGGGGGGUCCUACUUCACGCACAUCGCAACGCUGGCACUUCCUCGUCACUGCAGAAUUCUCAAACUCCUUCAUUCAAGCAUGUCAACCGAGCUCGAGUGCGGGUCAGAUACCGUGGGCCGCUACACGUGCCGUUACGCACCACGGCCAAGCGUCUGUUGCGCCAACGGCUGCUGUGCGAUGGACCCCGCCGGCAGUGGGGAGCGCAAGCCAAUGCAGCUGUGGGUGCGUAUCGUGAUUGCCUUCAGCGUCGCGGUGGGAAUGGUGCUCCUCUUUCUGUUACUGAAGUACCGUGACCGGCGCAGCUCGCGUGCGUACAAGCGACUGCUGAAGCAUCGGCGUGCGCAGGCGGCCGCAGAAGAGCAGCAACUUCAGGGGCAGCAGCAGCCCCCACAACAGACGUCGCCGGAUGCGGAUGCUGAGGUGCACGCGCCGGACGCCGAGCAUGUGCCUACAGAAAGUCGUCGGAGAAAAUGA